AUGAGACGAGAGCCCACGUUCUUUGCGGACGUGCGCUUUCUGGUGGACAGAUUUCACUUCCAACGAACUGAUGCUGAGGCUCACAAGUGUGGGCCAGGGUUUAAUCCGGAUUACUACGACGCCAUGCGCUGGGUCAACACGUCCGCCGUCGAGAGCUGCAACUCAUUCCUCGUAAAGUUCAAAGUCCUUGCAUGGUUUAGCGGCUUGAGUGCGUUCAUGGUUAUUCUAGCCAACGUCAUCAGCGGGCGGAAUGCGAGGCUAAGGAGAGUCGAUGACCCUAAGCUACGGAUAGCCGGAAGAGCAGACACCUGGACCCCGGCAGUGCGGGGCUGCCUCCUAAGUUAUUGA